AUGUUUGGCUCCACAAAUACAGGCAACAAUAACUGGGGGGCUUCUACCGGAUUUGCCAAGUCGUCGUCAUUUAGCGGACUUUCUGGUGGCUCUAAUAGUCUCUUUGGGAACUCUGGUGGGGCUUCAUCAAACACAAAUUCAGCUGCUGGAACACUUUUUGGAUCAACAAACGCCACCAACCCAACUUCGGGGCAGGGUUCUGCCGUUUCCGGGGGUCUCUUCGGCAACUCUAAAACUGCUUCAACGGGAAUGUCGUCAGGUUUGUUUGAGUCUUCAAAACGACAGGCUCCUUCUGGAACUUUUGGAAAUCCCACCAAUAACACAGCUACAGCAUCCGGAGGACUCUUUGGAAACUCGGGCAAUACAGUGCCGACAUCAGGAGGACUCUUUGGAAAUAGCUCUACUAAUAAUGCCAUUUCUGGUGCCGGUCUUUUUGGUUCUAAUGCUGUUGGAAGCGGAAUCGGAUCAAUACAGAAACAAAAUCAAAACAUAGGUGGAGGUCUUUUUGGAUCUUCUAAUGCUAAUGUAGGUUCUAGUUUGUUUGGUGCUCCUCAGCAGCAGACUACUUAUCAGCCUACUAUAAAUACCAGUAACCCCUAUUCAUAUGAUAAGGUGCUAACCAACCUCCAGACAACGUUGUCGGGAAUGCCGGAGUCUAUAACUAACAACCUCGUAGCAGAAGACGAAGCAAAAGAUACUGGAGACAGAAAAAGGCGAUUCUCAUACUUGGAAAAGAAAUCCAGCGAUAAGCCUCAAUCAAGUCUAUUGGGAAAGUUAGGUAGAACGUUCCGGGUGUUCAGAAACUCGGCUGCUAGUACUGGACUUUCUAGUAUCAGGGGUUUGUUUACAGACUCCAACUAUACGAAGUCUAACAUAAACCAGAGCAUAUUGCCAAAACAGCAAGCCUCUGGAGGACCCAAAAAUGGAGUGUCCAAACCUUCUUUCCGUUCUUCCGUCGAUUCACGUCGUAUGGGCUCUAUCAAGAAGUUGAUCAUAAAAUCCAAGCCAUCAAAGUUCCAUUUGAUAGAUGCCGACAGGGUAAUCAAUACCAAGAGAGCUAGAUUGGCAAAUGUAACCAACUUGGGCAACGAUAUUUUGCCAGACAAGUACUCCAGUGAUGAAGAUAGUGAAGGCGAACUGGAGCAAAACACUCAGAAGGGCUUUUCUAGAUAUCCGUACAAUAUCUUGAAAGAUGACGAUGUAAAGAACAAGUCUAAUCUGAAGACUAUCAUCGGCAAAAGUGUGGAACUUACUGAAGAAGUAGAAGAAGAAAGUUCUAUAAAAUACAACAAAGACGGCUACUGGUCGUCUCCUUCUAUUGAUGAGCUCUCUUCCAUGUCUUUGGAAGAGUUAUCGUCCAUAGAUAACUUCAUUCUUGGAAGAAAGGGAUUUGGACAACUAGCCUACAAUUUCCCUGUGGACUUGUCUCUUACAAUGCAAAGUGCUCAGUCCAAUAGAGUACUGUUGGAAAAAGAGCUUUUUGGCAAUACCUUCCAACUUGAAAGAAUGAUUGUUCUUCUCUAUACUAAUGAUGCUCAUAAUAAGCCACCUAUAGGUAUGGGACUCAAUGUUCCUGCUACAGUGACUUUAGAAGGUGCAAAGCCCAGGGAGGGCGUUCCAGUAGGAGAUUACAUCAAGCAAUUGAAGCUCCAGAAAGGUAUGGAGUUUGUCACCUAUGACCCCAUCACUUUUGUAUGGGUGUCCAAAGUCAAACAUUUCAGUGUGUGGGGUUUGAUUGAAGAUGAUGGAACUGAACUCUCUAAGAAGUACAUGGAAAUGAAGAGAAAACAAGACGAAUAUGAAGAAACUGCUGAGUUGGAAUACUCCAGAGUCUACGAGAAUCGUGAGUACCUUCAGGAAAUCAAGAAACAGAAGCUUCUCAAUCAGACCAUAGCUGUACCCGGUGGUUGGAAAUAUGCCAAUACUACACAGCAAAGUCCGUUAGAUUUCAAGAGAAAGCUUCUUAACAAUGAGAUCAACAGCCAAUUGGAUUUACAUAGAAAGGAAAAUGUUGUUAAUGAGUUGUCACAUGUCAGCGAUAUAACACUUGACUCAGAUGAAAACGACAGAUCUGUCUCACCAGACAGUAUUGUGUUUGCUGAGAAUGAAGACUUGUCCGAUGGUGGAAACAACUUUGACUAUUUAAAACAAUUGGUGGGUAACCUCCCUGCCGAUGUUGAUAUGGAUGAGAUCGUCAAUGAGAAGGCUUAUGAGCCAGAAAUUGUUAACGAUGCCGUAUUCGAUAGCAUUCAGAUUUGGCCCAACUUGGCUACUUCAGAAGAUUGGAUUGUCCAGUUGAAGUUGGCGAAUGACAUGAACAGUGCCUUGGCUCAGUCUUUUGGAGACUCUGAAGGAGCCAAGAAACAAAUCUCCCCUGAAGAUAUCGAUGCCGUCUUGUUUGCUGAUUUCAAUAGAGAAUCGUUAAAGAAGGAUCAAAUUUCAACUCCAAGCAGAGACAACAAAUUGGCUGUGAUUGAAGAUAUUGAACCACAGGUUGAUGACGAGAUUUUCCCCAACAACAUUUCUAGAAUCCUCUAUGAUUUUUUGACCAAAACAAUUAUUGAAACCAGGACUAACUCUUACCCUAAAGUUGUAGAGACAUCUGGUUUGUCGUUUGUCAGUCUCAUUACUAAUGAUCUGGUGAAGGAUGAGAAACAACUCUUUUCACUCGGUGCCUCACUUUUCGACAAAUUGUCCACCGAGAAGUAUACCGAACUUGAACAAAAUAUAGUGAACUACUUGAAUGAAACAGGAAGGAAGAGAGCUUUCAAUAUUUGGUUGAAAGAGUACAAUUCGAACGAUAUUGAGAUUCUCAUUAGCCAAGUUCAGUCCAAUUCCUUGGAACUCAUUUUUGUAUAUGUUUGUGCUGGUGACUUGAAGGAAGCCAUCAACAUAGCCCUAGAAUCUAACAAUUCGCAUUUGUCUGUUAUCUUGACCUUAACAGACUCCAAUGAUGAUGCGGUGAGGGGCAUCGCUAGUCAACAACUAAAGGCAUGGAGAGACUCUUCAUCAUUACACUUGAUACCUAGUCCUGUUGUCAAGAUCUAUAAGAUUUUGUCAGGCGAAUUUGAUGACUUUGUCAAUGAAUUGCCCUGGAACAUCAACUUGGCUUUGAAAUUAUACUAUGGAGAUGAAAGUGCCAAGUUGCAUGAAGUUCUUAAUGAUUCACUUGAGAGAUCUGAUAAUGCUGCCUCUCAAGCUAGUGAAGUUAUUGAUAUUUUGCAAGUUUACUGCAGUUUCCAAACCGAUGGUAAGGAUAAAGCGCUAAAGAAAUUGAUCAGCUCAUCGUUGAAUAGCAAGUUGAAGUGGUUUUUCUUCAAAGUGAUUUCUUCAGAUGUUGUCGAUACUACGUUUGAUGGCAUUUCCUUGUCGUUUGGGAUGUAUUUGGAGAGUGUCAAGUUGUGGAAAGAAGCAAUUUUUGUCUACUCCCAUUUGUCGGAUGACGAACAGAGCAAAAACAAAUUGAGAGAUGUAGUGAUUUCUAGUAUCAAGAACAUUAACAGUGACGACAAGAAUUAUUUGGUCUCGGUGUUGAAGGUGCCCACUGGUUUGCUUUCAGAAGCUAUUGGCAUCAGCAAAGGAGCUGAUGGUGACCACUGGGGUGAAUGCGAAGCUUUCAUAGAUGCCCAGUUGUGGGAGAAUGCACAUUUCGUGAUCAUAACGAAGUUGGGUCCGCAUGUGGUCAUUUCCAAGAACAAGAACGCAGAAAACAGCUUGCUUGAGUUGAUUUCUCGCUUUCCCCAGAAAGGUACGAUUAUCUCUACAUGGAACAGCGGGGCCGGAAUCUAUGAAAAGUACAUUGCCUUGACCAGAGAUGAGAACAACAUAGAAGUGUUAAGGUUCUUGUUGUCGAAUAUUCCCUUAGCUAAGGAAAUCUCUAGCUUUGAAACCAAGAGUGCUCUCAAGAUCAUUUCUAGAAAGGUUGGGGAUGUUGCUAUAGAAAAGAGAAGCGAUGUUGACGGUGUUGAAGGUAAGGUCCAGCAGUUAUAUCUUGGUGAAAGUGAGAAGAAAUACUUUUCCGUGAGACUCCAGACAGAUAAUGUAUGAAGAGUAAAGGAAUUGUACAGUAGUAUAGCAUAGAACAGUAAUAUAGCGAAGAAAGGUAAUAUAAUAGUAAAUAUUUUGCACGAAAGUUGUGCAGCAGUCUAUAACAGAAUAAUAUUACGGUAGAGUAGUAGA